AUGGCUCCCCCCAAGUCCUCCUCCACCGGCUGCGGCGGCUGCUCUAUCACCGGCUGGAUGAAGUUCCUCGCCAUCGCCCUCGUCAUCUUCACGCCCCUCGUCUCCCUCGCCGAGCGCUACCACGACAGCUUCUGCAUCUUCGACGACAAGGAGCUCCACGAGCUCGCCCAGCGCGCCAUCGCCGCUCACCCCGAGGACACCAAGGCCAUUGUCGACUUCAUCGUCUCUGACCUCCACGAGAAGCACCCCAAGAACGUCAACCUCCACCAGGAGUGGAUCUUUAACAAUGCCGGCGGUGCCAUGGGCGCCAUGUACGUGAUUCACGCCAGCAUCACCGAAUACCUCAUCAUCUUCGGCACUGCCAUCGGAACUGAGGGCCACACCGGCCGCCACACCGCAGACGACUACUUCAACAUCCUCACCGGAACCCAGCUCGCCUACACCGCCGGCACCUUCGAGCCCGAGGUCUACCCUCCCGGCUCCGUCCACCACCUCCAGCGCGGAACCGUCAAGCAGUAUCGCAUGCCCGAGGGCUGCUUCGCGCUCGAGUACGCCCGCGGCUGGAUCCCUCCCAUGCUCUUCUUUGGCUUCGCCGAUGGCCUCUCAAGCACCCUUGACUUCCCCACGCUUUGGAGGACAACGUAUGUUACGGGCCGGGAGAUGAUCGGCAACCUCUUGACUGGAAAGUUUUAA